CUUGUGCCCAAUUUGAAUAAGACCUCUUUCUGCUCCCAGCACACACAGGGGAGGCAAGCAGUACAGCAAACCAACAGCAAGCUGCUCUGAAGCCUGGGUCAUUGUAAGGAGCACUGCAACAAGAAAACGUGCUAAAAGGACAGAAGCAAUUUGGUGAACCAUGGCUGCUUUUCUUCUACUGUGUGCCUGCCUCAGCAUCUCCUCAGCAACAAUAAUGUUUGGAGAGAUAAAUGAUGAGGACAGUACCCUCAGUGUUAGCAUCCCCCUGGGGCAGCCGCUACGCCCCCUGUUAGGCGGGAAGGUGGUCAUUCCCUGUUAUUUUCGGGACAACGCAUUCUACAAUCCUGAAGCAACUACCGUUGCUCCACUAUCACAACGCAUCAAGUGGAGCUACAUUUACCAAGGCAAAAUAAGCCUCAUACUUGUGGCCUUUAGGGGAGCAGUACACAUUGAGCCACAUUAUUUGGACCGGGUGGCCAUGGUGAACUAUCCCUCAGUUACCACAGAUGUCACUAUAGAGAUCUCAGAGCUGCGCUCCAGCGAUUCUGGGACAUACCGAUGUGAGGUAAUUCAGGACACUGAGGACAACUACGACUCAGUGGAGAUGAAUGUUCAAGGCAUUGUGUUCCACUAUCGGCCCAUAACCAGUCGCUAUAGCUUGACUUUUGACAUGGCAAAAACAGCUUGUAUCGAGAACAGUGCUGUUAUUGCAACCCCUGAACAGCUUCAAGCUGCUUAUGAUGAUGGGUUUCAUCAAUGUGAUGCAGGCUGGCUUUCAGAUCAAACUGUCAGGUAUCCCAUUCAUGAGCCAAGGGAGCCUUGCUGGGGAGACAAGGAAGAUUUUCCGGGUAUACGUACAUAUGGAAUUAGAGAUGAUAAUGAGACCUACGAUGUGUAUUGCUUUGCAGAGAAGAUGUCUGGCAGAGUCUUCUACUCCAUGUCUAUUAAAAAGUUUACAUUUUCUGAGGCAUCUGAACAGUGUGGGAAGCUCGGAGCCAAACUGGCCACCACAGGGCAACUCUACUUGGCCUGGAAAGCUGGAAUGGAUGUGUGCAAUGCUGGCUGGUUAGCAGAUGGAAGUGUGAGAUACCCUAUCAACAUCGCCCGCCCACAGUGUGGUGGGGGUCUCCUGGGUGUACGGACGGUGUACCGUUUUCCAAAUCAGACAGGUUACCCCCUACCAGACUCCCACUUUGAUGUCAUCUGCUUUGAUGGAGAGUAUGAAGUACCUGAUCUUUACACUGAUGUGUAUGCAACCACAGACUUCCACACCCCAGUACCUGACAUUUCCAUGGCCACAGACUUCCAAUCAAUAGGACCUGAUGUUUCAAUUACCACAGACCUCCAUACCUACGUACCUGAUAUUUACAUGACCACAGACUCAGAGUUUAGUGUGGGCACCAUCACCUCUAAUCCAGUCCCCUUUCCUGAAAGUGUCACUACUGGGGGUGAAGUUCGAGGGGAGUUGAUAACUCAUGAGCCCUGGGUUACCACAAUGGUAACACCCCCUUCCUUUUCUAGCACAAAAAGUGAUGAUGUUAUUGCUGUAGCUACAGCACGUCCUGCUCUGGGCUUCGAGAUACCCAGAGAUAAUGCCAGUAUUGUGCCAGAAUUUGAAGGAGUGGUCUUCUACUACCAAUCGGGUUUACAGCAUUAUGCUUUUACCUUUCAUGAGGCUCAGGAGAUUUGUCGCAAGCAGGGAGCCGAAAUAGCCACACCAAAUCAGUUGCAGAAAGCUUAUGAGGCUGGCUUGCAUCAAUGCAAUGCUGGCUGGCUCCAGGAUCAGUCUGUCAGAUACCCUAAUGCCUAUCCUGAGGAGUGCCCUGGAGAUCAACAGCAUGCUUCAGGGGUUAUCUCUCAUGGGUUUAAGCCUGCACAUGAACACUAUGAUGUGUAUUGCUACAUCAACCAAAUAAAGGGGGACGUCUUCCACGUCAAUUCCUUGGCAAACCUCACCUAUCAAGAGGCAGAGGAUUACUGCCAUAGCCAGAAUGCCACCCUUGCUACAACAGGGGAGUUGUAUGCAGCCUGGAGUCAAGGCUUCCAUAACUGUAACCCAGGCUGGUUGUCUGAUGGCAGUGUCCGCUACCCAGUUCAAAUGCCAUAUCUAAGCUGUAAUGCAAAUAAAACAGGAGUUUAUACUAUUUAUGCUAACCCUGACCAGACUGGAUUUCCAGACAUUUACUCCAAAUAUGAUGCUUACUGUAUAAGAGGAUCUGUGGCAGGAAGUUAUUAUGGAUCCGACAGUGUGUUCCCCAUUGAAGGUGUAUCUGGCAAUAGUCUUCCCAUUGCUGAAGGUUCCAGCAGUGGCCAACCCAGUGGAGAUGUAUCUAUUAGUGGCUUUGCCAGUGCUGAAGGUUCCAGUAGUGGCUUCUCCAGUGAAUAUGCAUACAGCAGUGGCCGUUCUUCUGCUGAAGGUUCCAGUACUAGCUUCCCCAGUGGAGAUGUGUCAGGCAGCACAGACUUCAGUGGGGAUGUGUCUGGAUCUGAUGACAGUCAUGAUGGCUCAGGCAUCAUUGUCAGCUUCAAGGACAGUGUAGAAAGGCUCUCUGCAGAGGGAUCUACCAUAAAAGGGGCUCAAGAAGCAUUGGACGGAAGUGCAGUAAUUUAUACCUCAGGAAUGGAAUCUGGCGACAUCAGUGGAGACCAUUCAGGAUCAGGUGAUGGAUCUGGACAGGAUAAAAGUGGGUCUGGUGACCUGUCCUCCGGGUCUGGCAGUGGAGAUAGGAUUAUAUUGGUUGACCAUGUAGUGACCUAUAUACCAUUUCCACAGCCAAAAACAGAGCAAGAAUUUGUUCGAAGGCAACCAGAAGUUAGCGGAUUCAGUGGGAUCCACAGUGGUGACAUAACAAGUGGUUCUGGGUUUAGUGGAGUGCCCAGUGGUGAUGUCAUAAGUGGCUCUGGAUUUAGUGGAGUGUCCAGCGGUGACAUCAUAAGUGGCUCUGAAGUCAGUGGUGUGCCCAGUGGUGAUGUCAUAAGUGGCUCUGGUUUUGGUGGAGUGACCAGUGGUGCUGUCAUAAGUGCCUCUGGAUUUGGUGGAGUGUCCAGUGGUGCUGUUAUAAGUGGCUCUGGUUUCAGUAGAGUCCCCAGUGAUGGUGUCAUCAGUAGCUCUGGAUUCAGUGGAGUGCCUAGUGGUGAUGUCUUAAGUAGCCCUGGACUCAGUGGUAUCCAUAGUGGUGAUAUCAUGAAUGGAUCUGAAUUUAGUGAAAUUCACAACAAAACCUAUGAAUCCACUGUUUUCUUUUCUGGUCCUUCUCAUGAAGAGGAUAUACAUGGCAGAGACGAAUUGCUUCUAGAUUUGGAGGAUGUUAAUGGCACUGAUGUUUCACUUAUCAAUACCACCAGUACAACCACAUUAACAUUUACAUCCAGUCCUUUGGCAGUGCACCUGAUGCCAUCCACCAUAGACCAGCCCACUGUUACUGAGGCACAUGGAUGUGCAGACAGCUGGGUGGAAUUUGAAGGUAGCUGCUAUAUCUACUUUACUGAAAGGAUGAAUUGGACAUCUGCUGAACAGCACUGCCAAGAGCUAAACUCUCAUUUGAUUAGCAUCACUUUCAAGAAAGAGCAAAUGUUUGUCAACAGUCACAUUUGGGAAUACCAGUGGAUUGGACUCAGUGACAGAGACCAGCAAAAUGAGUUCAGCUGGACAGAUGGAAGCCCUCUGGAAUUUGUAAAUUGGAGACCAAACCAGUCAGAAAGCUUAAAUAUUAAUGAGGCAGAAGACUGUGUAGCAAUGAUUAGGACUGAGCUUGGCCAGUGGACUAAGGUGCCUUGUAACUACUAUCUGCCCUUCACAUGCAAAAGCACACUUGUCAAAUGCUCCAUACCUCCGGUGGUUCAAAAUGCCAGGAUGUUAGGAAACAGUAGGGAGUACUACCCAAUCAACUCCAUCAUCCGCUACCAGUGUGACCCUGGAUUCAGACAGCGCCACCAUUCUGUGAUACGCUGCAUGCCAGACGGCCAAUGGGAAGAGCCUCAAGUGGAAUGUGUAGAAAGUACCACAAACAACAGACUUCAAAAAAGAUCCCUUAAGAGGCAUUCCAAAGCAGUCAGCAGUCGAACAUGAAGAAUGGUCCUCUGCACAGGACACAAGGCACGCACUUCAAAUCAUCUAGAGAACUGUUGAUAGUUAAAAAAAAAAAAAAAAAAAAUACAUCUCUGCACAAGUCUUAUUUUGCCCAGAAGAAAUCCAGUAGCCUCGGUAACAGGGUCCACUUUAUACAAUGAUGCACAUUUCCUUCUGUUUUGUAGUCUGCCUGGCUGAUUUAUUUUCAAGUGUUGCUCAGUGUUUUGCUGUUGGGGAAAAAGAAGAAUGAGCAAGUUUUCUGAGUUAAAGUUCAAGGAAAGAAAAUCUUCCCACCAUUAAGCAGUUUUAUUUCUUAUUCAAUCCAAUGUUUAACCCAAAGUUAACCCCUUAAAAAUUCAACUUGUUUUUUUUUACUUAUUCAAGCGUGAGCAUGUUAUUACUACAUGGAAUUAUCCAGUAACUACAAUCAAAUUGAUUUUAAAAUUUAAUUUUAUAUAUAUAUAUAUAUAUAUAUAUAUAUAUAUAUAUAUAUAUAUAUAUAUAUAUAUAUAUAUAUAUAUAAAUUUGAAAAAAAAAUUUAAUAAUCUUUUAGUUUUAAUAAAUAACAAGCUGAAUAUAUUGUGUGAACAAAAUGAAGCCCUGGUAACAAACUACAUGAAAAGAUUUCUUAAUGCUCAACUGGUGACACUGUCACUUCAUAUCUCCGGUUUUGCAUCAUAUUCUCUGCUUUUUCAUAAAAGUGAGUGAGUGAUUGUAGGGUGGGCAUUAGAGUAACACAUAUAAAAAGACAAAAGGCUUCAGUGACUACAGCUGAAUAUAAUAAACUCAAAAUUAUUUUAAAUUAAUUCUGAGGACACGAUCUUUGUUUUUGUUUCGUCCUUUGUUGUUUGUCUUUUGUUUGUACGCCUAGCUUCAUCACAGAAAGCAAGUAAAACUGUGAAAAGUGAAAACAUCCGUUUUAGUUCUGUUGCUGUUGAAUCGGAUUUUAUCAUUCAUGAUUUAUUUCAACAACUGAAACAAAAGCAUUAUUUAUUAAGGACUGGAAGCUUGAGGCACAUUUGAUUGUCUUUUCAUUUCGGAAAGCUGGUCCCUAUAUGAAGCUGUGCUUAUAUUGCAGAGAGAUAUAGGAUUGCAUAGAGCUACCUGCAAAAAAAUAUAUAUAUAUAUUCCAAUAUUGGAAGAUGGCAGAACAAAUAUUAACAUGUUCACAUGCCAAAUAUUAGCUGGGAUAACCCAGAACCCUCUCUGUAAGUUAAGCGGUGAUUAUUGCACUGGUUUGUAUUUUAGUCAUAUAGAGUAAUAGCCUGCACUUUUAUAUGCCAUUGUUUUGCUGUCUACUGUUACACUGAGCUCAUAGUUAUCUGAGUGCCACACCUGUGUCUACUGAAUAAACAGAAACAAAGGCCA